AUGCUGCGCAAAUCUCUUGCCACUUUGCCGCGGACGCUAGACCAGACAUACGACCGCAUUCUUACCUCGAUAGGCGAAGAAUAUCUCGAGUAUGCCAUGCGUAUCCUACAGUGGCUGGCGUUCUCUGCGCGGCCGCUGUCCGUCGAAGAGGUCGCCGAAGUCGUCGCCAUCGACGUGGCGCGGGACCCAGCGUUCGACCGUGAUGAGGUGCUAGAAGACCCGCUAGAAGCGCUAAACAUCUGCUCUAGUCUAGUCACUAUCACAACGAACGAAGUGGACAGAAGACCAGGGUCUGCUCAACGGAUCGUUGCUCUGGCACACUACUCAGUGCAGGAGUACCUUGUGUCAGAUAGAAUCAGGCAAGGGUCAGCAAAGCAGUACAGCAUGCAAGAGGCCGAAUGCCAGAGUGCAAUAACGAGAGGUUGUUUAAAGUACCUAAUGCAGCUCCCGCAACUAUUAGAAAGAAAGAUACUUCAGGGGUUUGCACUUGCAAGGUACUCAGCAGAGUUCUGGAGCAGCCAUCUACGAAAGACAGGGGAUAGGGGAGAGCAAGCCAGUCAGCUAGCGGCGUGUUUAAUGGCCAAAGAAAAGCCAGCAUAUCUCACCUGGAUCCGGUUGCAUGAUCCAGACAGCGCUUGGGAGGGGCCUAAUUUCGAGAAAAGUCUUGAUAGUAUGCCUAUGCCGCUUUACUACGCAGCAAUGUUGGGGUUUAGCAUAAUUACAGGACUGCUGCUCGAUAAGGGCGCCGAAGUCAACGCGCAGGGCGGACACUACGGCAACGCACUGCAGGCAGCUUCUAUUGGGGGCUACGAGCAGGUAGUCAAGACGUUGCUUGACAAGGGCGCCGAGGUCAACGCGCAGGGUGGAGAACACGGCAAUGCACUGCAAGCAGCUUCAGUUGGGGGCUACGAGCAGAUAGUCAGAACGUUGCUCAAUGCGGGCGCCGAGGUCAACGCGCAGAGUGGAGACUACAGCAACGCACUAUAUGCAGCCUCAGAAGUAGGCCACGAGCAGGUAGUCAAGGCGCUGCUUGAUGCUGGCGCCGAGGUCAACGCGCAGGGUGGAGACUACGGCAACGCACUGCAGGCAGCUUCUAUUGGGAGCUACGAGCAGAUAGUCAGAACGUUGCUUAAUGCGGGCGCCGAGGUCAACGCGCAGGGUGGAGACUACGGGAACGCACUGCAAGCAGCUUCUAUUGGGGGCUACGAGCAGAUAGUUAGAACGUUGCUCGACGCGGGCGCCGAGGUCAACGCGCAGGGUGGAGAAUACGGCAAUGCACUACAGGCAGCUUUAGCUAGAGGCCACGAGCAGACAGUCAAGACGCUGCUUAAUGCGGGCGCCGAGGUCAACGCGCAGGGUGGAGACUACGGCAAUGCACUGCAAGCAGCUUCAGCUAGAGGCCACGAGCAGAUAGUCAGAACGUUGCUCAAUGCGGGCGCCGAGGUCAACGCGCAGAGUGGACGCUACAGCAGCGCACUGCAAGCAGCUUCAGCUAGAGGCCACGAGCAGACAAUCAAGAUGCUGCUCGACGCGGGCGCCGAGGUCAACGCGCAGGGUGGAGACUACGGCAAUGCACUGCAAGCAGCUUCAGCUAGAGGCCACGAGCAGAUAGUCAGAACGUUGCUCGACGCGGGCGCCGAGGUCAACGCGCAGGGUGGAAACUACAGCAAUGCACUGCAAGCAGCUUCAGCUAGAGGCCACGAGCAGAUAGUCAGAACGUUGCUUAAUGCGGGCGCCGAGGUCAACGCGCAGGGUGGAGACUACGGCAAUGCACUGCAAGCAGCUUCAGCUAGAGGCCACGAGCAGAUAGUUAGAACGUUGCUCGACGCGGGCGCUGAGGUCAACGCGCAGGGUGGAGACUACGGCAGCGCACUGCAGGCAGCCUCUGUCACAGGCCACAAGCAGAUAGUCAAGAUGCUGCUCGACGCGGGCGCCGAGGUCGACGCGCAGGGCGGACACUACGGCAGCGCACUGCAAGCAGCUUCUAUUGGGGGCCACGAGCAGAUAGUCAGAACGUUGCUUAAUGCGGGCGCCGAGGUCAACGCGCAGGGUGGAGACUACGGCAAUGCACUGCAAGCAGCUUCUAUUGGGGGCCACGAGCAGAUAGUCAGAACGUUGCUUAAUGCGGGCGCCGAGGUCAACGCGCAGGGUGGAGACUACGGCAACGCACUGCAAGCAGCUUCAGCUAGAGGCCACGAGCAGAUAGUUAGAACGUUGCUCGACGCGGGCGCUGAGGUCAACGCGCAGGGUGGACGCUACGACAACGCACUGUCUGCUGCUGCGUAUGGAGGGCAUGAAGAAGUACUUGAACUUCUAAUCUCGAAUUGUAGCAUUUCACGGGUCCAGGAUUACUAUGGCCGGACAUUGCUCUGGUGGGCUGCGGCUGGCGGCAAUAUCGCUACCGUGGAAAUACUCAUGAACCAGCACGAUAUCGACUCUCAAGAAGCGGACAGCCCGCUAGACUAG